AAGCAGAUGUGUGUGAGAGCGGUCCAGAGCUGUAGCACUAUCACAGGGCGUCUUUGUGUGGCUGUAGAGAGCGUGUUAACACUUGCACAGUCGUAUGCUAAUUCCUUUUUAGUAUGAGAGAGAAUUAAGGACGAGAAAAGCGAUCAGAGUCCCUGCUUUACUUGUCUCAGGCAACACGGACAGUGAGGCAGAAAAACAGAGCGAGCAUCAGAGAGACAGAUCGAGCCUGCAAUAAAGAGACGGGGAGGUACGCUACAGAAAUAGCAUAGAAGGAACAUCAAAGGGGAAUCACCAUAACCUUUCCUUCCCUUUUGCAUCGGGCUUUGCACUUGAUGUCGCUGCAGGUGAUGCUGCAUGAGAGAUUUGUGCGGAGAGGCUGGCAGUGAGAUUUGGAUUCGAGAGGCACAGGGUGGAGGGUUGGGGGAUUUAAAGAGCAAGAAACGGAGGGAGAUUUCGAUAGAUCCCACAGAGUGAGAGUAAAGGGAAGGCAGCCAGCGCAGAGAAGGAGCAGAGGACAACCGCUGACUGGGAGUGUACACAUGGGAAAGAAGAAAACGACUGCUCUCUGUGCUUGGCGUGCGGCUGUCAGCCUGGAUUGUUAGUCAUCUCCUGCCUCGCAUUUAGAGGACACACAGAGAGACUGAGGCAGGCUGUGGAGAUGGAGCUGCAUGCAGAGGAUGAACUGUGAUCGCUGUCCUCAGAACCCCUCGGACACUUGCACUGGUGUCGUUGCAGGCCGUUAGCCUCACUGUUAGGCAGCAGCCGUCAGGGUGAUUGAUCCACAAUGAGCUCCAAGCAUUCCUCCGACUGGAUCCCCUACAGCUCUUUAGACGAUGAGGGUAGCAACCUCCGCCAGCAGAAACUGGACAGACAGCGAGCACUUCUGGAACAGAAACAGAAAAAGAAAAGGCAGGAGCCUCUGAUGGUCCAGUCCAAUGUGGACGGGAGAUCCCGAGCUCGCCGCACCAAACAGAGUGAGGAACAGGCUCCCCUGGUGGAGUCCUACCUCAGCAGCAACAGCAGCACUAUCUACCAUGUGCAAGAAGCUGAGCUUGAGGAGGUGAAGGUGACAUCAGACCCACAGCCGCCUCGCUCGGCCAAAAAGGGCAAAGCGUCUUCCAGCAGCACGCCACAGAUGGGCAGCGACAAAAAGGAGCGGAAGGGAAAGCAUAAAGCAGGGAGCGAUGGCCCGGCUUCCCAGCAGGAGGACAGCCAGAUCCAGAUCCUGACAGUGGGUCACUUCACCACGGAGGAGGGCGAGGGAGAAUCUGUCAUGAGCUGCACUCAGUCACAGAGCAAACAGGACCUGCGGGUCACUAUGCUCAAGAAAGGUAUAUCUAGCAGUAUGAACUUUGAUGAAGAAGAGGAUGAUGAUGAUGAAAUUAGCUCCAGUUCUUCGCAGCUGAAUAACAACACAAGGCCAGGCUCUGCCACCAGCAAGAAAUCAUGCAAGGAAGUGGCAUCUGCACCCACUCCACCAGUCAAGGAACCGACCAUCGACAUAGAUGACCUUGAGGAGUUUUCUCUGCGGCCUGCACCUCAGGGAGUCAGAGUGAAGUGCAGAAUCACCCGGGACAAGAAAGGCAUGGACCGAGGGAUGUAUCCCACCUACUACCUUCACCUGGAGAGAGAUGACAGCAAGAAGGUGUUCCUGUUAGCUGGUCGGAAAAGAAAAAAAAGUAAAACCUCAAAUUACCUCAUUUCCAUUGAUCCCACUGAUCUGUCUCGAGGCGGAGAGAGCUUCAUUGGUAAACUGAGGUCAAACCUCAUGGGGACCAAAUUCACCGUAUAUGACAGUGGUCUGAACCCGAUGAAGAGCACCACCAGCCUCGAAGCGAGCAAUCUGCGUCAAGAACUAGCAGCCAUUUGUUAUGAAACCAAUGUCUUAGGAUUCAAGGGACCUCGCAAAAUGAGUGUCAUCAUUCCUGGAAUGAACAUGGACCACGAGAGAGUGUCAAUUCGGCCUCGAAAUGACCAUGAGUCCCUGCUGGCAAGGUGGCAGAAUAAGAACACAGAGAGUGUGAUUGAACUUCACAAUAAAACACCUGUGUGGAACGAUGACACACAAUCUUAUGUCCUCAACUUCCACGGCAGAGUCACUCAGGCCUCCGUCAAGAAUUUCCAAAUCAUUCACGACAAUGACCCUGACUACACUGUGAUGCAGUUUGGCCGUGUUGCAGAAGAUGUCUUCACCAUGGACUAUAACUACCCUAUGUGUGCACUGCAAGCUUUUGCCAUUGCCCUUUCUAGCUUCGACAGUAAGUUAGCAUGUGAGUAGCUCCCAGUCUAAAUUACAGUGGAGAACUGCUCGGUGUGUGCUCUCAACAAGGGCUGAUCCUGCACUUUGGGAGCUGGUUGAGAACGCCAAAUCACCCAGUACCCUGGAAUUCCUGCAAAUCUCAAAAUGCUUUAUGGGCCUCAAAGUUUUUCUCAUUGUUGGAGCGUAGGCUUGUCUGGAGUUUGGGUUUGUCUGGGUCAAUGAAAGAAAUGAAGCACAAAGAGUAAAUUCCGAUCAAAAUUGAAAUACUUAUUUUGAUCAAGGUAAUCAUUUUUGUAAUGUAGUGAUGUUAAAAAACACAGUUCCUUCUUGUAGUAUUGAGAGGAAUUUAACAUUUCUUUAUGUAAAAAUUAUAACUAACGUCAAAGCAUUUGUAAGUUCUACUGUAUGUGUUGAUUGGAUUCUUUGUCUGCCACACAAUAUCGCACACUCCCUACAGCAUGAAUAUUACUCUUAUAGUUAUUGAAUUAAAAAUAUCAUGCAUGUCACCACACGUUUAUUUUGUUAUUUAUGUAUUUAUUACAGGUUAAUUUUACUUCCAUUAUUGUUUGCGACAUUUUCUGCCACAUGCACAUGAGAUGUCACAACACAAAUAAGCAUUCAUGCAAAUUGAUUAGCUUCACACACAUAAAUGGAGCAAAACCACGUUACACUGUGCUGUGUACAAUGUACAAUAUGUCGGAGUGUCCUGUAUGUACACGUCUGGGAUACAGUGCAUGUUAUGUUGAACUAGUGGAUGGGUAUCUGUACAUAAUUUAUUGUGCCUUUGAAUGCAAAUUCCAGUCUUAUGCUUCAGCUAUGGAUGGAGCAGAACUUUGACUGGUCUUUGCAUUUCUUGCUCUUUUCUCAUGCAUCUAAGAUGUUUCUCUGCAGCUAAUUUAAAAUUAUGUCUAACGCAAAA